AUGACUCUGCUCUCGUUGAGAUCGCCUGCAAGUGCUCUCAUCAAAGGGUAUACGCAACUUGGACAAUACUGGAGCACAGCGAGAUGUUCCCCAACUCUCAAAACCACGUUCUGGGCGAGGACCAUCACAUCAAGUCCCAAUUGUUGCAACAAUGCAGGCCUUGCUCAUGCUCCACUUCAGAAGGAUAUAAUUUUCGAUAGCAUGGGGAAUACCAAAGGAUUUCCACGAAACCAAACUGGUAUCUACCCUCCGUUUUCUAUCGCACGUGCUAGCCCAUCUUCCAUCCAUCUAAUAAAAGGUGGCAUCAAAGACCUCGGCCUGGCUUCCGUUGGAGGUGAGAUUGAACGACAUUCACGGAUUGAAACAGCAGUGGCAAGCCCAACUUAUCGCACCUCCCCAAGAUUCGAUCGUGUCCCAUACUGGCAGAAAAUUAGCCGCUGGCAAGAUGUGUCUGAGGAGGAGUUCUUAUCAUAUACAUGGAACACAGCCAAAGACAUCCAGGGUAAAAUGAAAUUACACGGAUUUCUCAACGAGAUACUACCCGAGAGAAUCCCGUAUACUGGUCAACCUGAACCUACUGUGCUUCGGGAGGACUUCAUUAAAGAUGUCAUGGAUGGCAUAGCAAUGGCACCGAUGUCUAUUCGUUUGACACCACAUAUUGUGUCCAGUAUUAAUUGGAAUGAUCCCCUCAACGAUCCUCUGAGCAGGCAAUUUAUUCCCAAAAAGUCAACGUUCAAGCCAGAUCACCCCAAAUUAAGAUUGGAUUCUCUUCAUGAAACCGAGGACAGUCCUUGUGAGGGACUAGUUCACCGAUAUACAGACAAAUGUCUUUUUCUGGCAAGUUCUCACUGUCCUCUGUACUGUCGCUAUUGUACUCGUUCCUAUGCCGUCGGUGCCAACACCGAUACUGUGGCCAAAGCAUCCUUGAAACCGAAGUUGUCCCGCUGGAACGAAAUGCUAGACUACAUCGCCAAUACUCCUGCUAUCCAAGAUGUUGUCAUAUCGGGUGGUGAUUCAUACUCUCUUGCACCCCAUCACCUCCGUAUGAUUGGCGAUCGUCUUCUGGACAUCGAUCACGUUCGUCGUUUCCGCGUCGCUACAAAGGGUCUCUGUGUUUCUCCUUCUCGAACACUCGACCCAAACGAUACUUGGACGGAUGAGCUGAUCCGAUUGUCGAACGCUGGAAAACGGCGAGGCAAACAUGUCGCCCUGCACACGCAUUUCAACCACCCAAAUGAAUUCUCGUGGGUUACGAGACACGCAGCACAGAAACUCUUUCAGAAUGGUGUAAUGGUCCGGAAUCAGUCUGUCUUGUUGAAGGGUGUGAAUGAUGACGCGGAGACCAUGGGAAAACUGAUCAGAGAACUAGGAGACAACAACAUCUUCCCUUACUACGUCUAUGCUGGUGACAUGGUAAAAGGCGUUGAAGACCUGCGCACACCACUCCAAACCAUACUCGAUCUCGAAUGCCACCUACGUGGUACUAUCGCCGGCUUCCUGAUGCCUCAAUUCGUCGUUGACCUUCCAGGCGGUGGAGGCAAACGGCUUGCUGCUUCCUACCGUACAUACGAUCGUGCAACUGGAGUUUCCACUUUUGUCGCUCCAGCUGUCAAGGGGAAGGGCAAAGAGGAUAAGGUGUACGAAUACUAUGAUCCGCUGGUCUCGUUAAGAAAUCGCGUUCGUGUUGAAGCCGGUGUUCCACUUGCUGGUGGUGUCUGA